UUUUAUACUCAGACGAAAGUGACUUUGCAUUCCUGAUUUAAAAAAAAUCGCUAAUAGGAAUUGCUGAAAGUGCAUUACACAACAACGUUUGUAGCUUAAAUACUAGUAACUUGGUCGUGGACCGUCCUUUUUUGGUAACAUAUCUCGGGCUGAACCUCAAUUAACUGUUAAGGACUGACACUAUUGUGAAAAUGCUUCCGCUUCCGGGAUAGUCGUUUAAGGGUUGAAGAAAAUGGCGCUAUUGGAAAGUAGUAAAGAGUUGGAAAGGAACCAGGAUGAAAGUUUUCCAGAUCUGUUGAAAGAUGGGUGUAAUAAACAGAAUGGGAGUCCCAAGAGUAAAUACUGGCAGCCACAAAGCAGUGCUGACAUUGGAGAAGAUGCAGGAACUUCGGCAUGCAGGCGAGAUCCAAGGGUCCGCUGUUUUUCCCAGCGCUUGUUACUAAAGUUGUUGGAAAAUUCUGAUCUCUUGACUUCUUUACUGGAUAGACAGAAACACUUGUCUGAGGACAGGAAAGCAAUAGCUCUAAAACAGUUAAAAUUGGAUUUCGAGAUGGCUAUCCAAGAUAAUGUAACUAUAAAUGGUGAACCAUGGCAACAAACUUCAGAGAAAAUGGAUCAUCUCACUGGCCAUGACUUCAAAGCUCUAGAGGAUCAGUUUGAUGAAAACAUUGUUGAGACUACUACUAAAAGGAAACAGUAUCCAAGAAAGAUUGCCGCACAUUUCAUUAAAAUUUUGAAAACGGAACGUGAAAUGAUGUUUCCAGGAUGACAGAACUGGUCAGUUAUGCAUCCUCAACUGCCAGACAGACUACAGCGUCUAUGAAGUCUUUGUUGGCAUUACUGCAGAAGGCUGAAGGACUGUCCCAGGCAUUGAGCAUUCAACCUGCCUUGAACGUAUCAAAAACACACAAAGCUGUUUUUAAAAGACUGCGGGUAAGAGAGAGAGAGCAAAUGAAUGGCUUCUUUACCCAGUCACAGACGACACAGUCAGACAUGGACUCAAAAGGGAAAUUGCAAACAUGCCUACAGAAAAAAAGGAGGUUGACAGAAUCUGCUCAGGGCAGAAUUUACCAUCGGAGGUCGACAAAAACAAUUAAUUUGAAAGGAUGAAAAAAAAUUCUAUUCCUUCUGUUAAAGUAGCCAGUUUUGUGCUAGAGUAUUCCAGCUCAAUAUGUUGUGCGUUUUUUGCACCUUGUGGAGGAAAGUUCUGGAGCAGUCAACUGUUGUACUGGAAGUUAAUCAGCCUGUUUGCAAGAUGACAAGUGGGAUGUCUUGUGAAUGGAGUGUAGUAUGCAUUUUUUAUAUCUUUGGCAUACAGGCUGCCAUGUACGAUUACAGUUAACUGGUAAAGCAGUUACAUUCUUCUGCAAUGUAACCUUCAUGUGUAGCACAUCCCAUUCACCAUUUCUCUUAUUAAAUUAUUUUUGAUGUUUCAUAAACAUGGAAUUAUUGCAAAAUGUUAUCUAUUUGACAGUGGUAUUUUUAACACUUGGGUGCUUAAUACUGUAGUAUUCAUAGUCACUGUAUUGGUCUCAAUGUUUUGGAAGUCCUUAGUAUCCUAGAGUUUAACUGCUGCAUGUAUUUAAAAUGGGUACAGAACUGAGACGAUGAAACAAAAUAUAACCUUUGGAACUAACUGAAACAAAAGCUCAAGUCAGUAAAGACUCUAUCGAUGACAA